CCGCUGCAGCGGCUCAGGCUGACUGAGCAUGGGGGAGCAGCUGCCGCCGCUGCUCUCCGGCUGCCCGUGCACCGCGCCCGCCGGCCGCUCCGCCCCGGGGCUCUGCCCUUUGUCAGCCUGAAGGACGCCCGCACCGUGUGGAGCCGGGCGGGGAGGGGGCGAUGAUCCCCGCGUGCUGGGGGCUCUGAAGCAGUCGGGCUCCGCUGCGUGCAUCUUGCGGUGGCUCCUGCGGCCGGUGCUUCUCCUGCUUCCCCCCGCCCUCGGGUUGCAGCUCAGCCCGGCCGCCGGGGAGCGGAGCCUGAUCUCUGCCAACCUGCCGCUGCGGGCUGAUCGCAGCCCUGCUGCUAGGCUCCAACUUUUAUUUCUUGUUCGGGGGGGAGGGGGCGCCUCCUGCCCAGCCUCCCCCACCCUGUGCUUUGCCGCUGCCGCCGCUGCCGUGUUUUGCAUGGAUGCACCAUGGCCACGCUGGUCUGCAGGGUGCAGUUCUUAGAUGACACCGACCCCUUCAAUAGCACCAACUUCCCCGAGCCCACCCGGCCCCCUCUCUACACCUUCAGGGAGGACAUCGCGCUCAUCACCCAGCUGGCCGGGGUGCACCGCCUGCUCCGAGCCCCGCAUAAGCUUGAUGACUGUACACUGCAACUGUCCCAUAAUGGUACCUAUCUGGAUUUAGAAUCCACCUUAGCAGAGCAAAGGGAUGAAUUGGAAGGUUUCCAGGAGGAUGCUGGGAGGGGCAAGAAGCACAGUAUAAUUCUGAGGACCCAGCUCUCAGUGAGAGUCCACGCCUGCAUUGAAAAACUCUACAACUCCAGUGGACGGGAGCUGAGACGGGCCCUUUUCUCUUUGAAACAAAUAUUUCAGGAUGACAAGGAUUUGGUUCAUGAGUUUGUUGUGGCUGAAGGCCUGACUUGCUUGAUAAAAGUGGGAGCUGAGGCAGACCAGAACUAUCAGAACUACAUCUUAAGAGCUUUGGGCCAGAUUAUGCUGUAUGUAGAUGGCAUGAAUGGAGUAAUAAAUCAUAAUGAAACCAUCCAAUGGCUGUACACUCUCAUUGGGUCAAAGUUCCGUCUGGUGGUAAAAACAGCACUGAAACUGCAGCUGGUGUUUGUGGAGUAUACGGAAUCUAAUGCACCACUUUUAAUCCAGGCAGUAUCCACAGUAGAUGAGAAGAGAGGAGCCAAGCCAUGGUCCAACAUUAUGGAGAUCCUGGAGGAAAAGGACGGGGUUGACACUGAACUGCUGGUUUAUGCAAUGACCUUAGUUAACAAGACGCUGUCGGGGUUGCCAGAUCAGGACUCUUUCUAUGACGUGGUGGACUGUCUGGAAGAGCUAGGCAUCGAAACUAUUUCACAGAGACACUUGAACAAGAAAGGAACAGACUUGGACUUAGUUGAGCAAUUUAACAUUUAUGAGAUGACACUGAGACAUGAGGAUGGAGACGAGACUGCUGAUCCCCCGCCCAAUGGGCGCAAAGAUAGAAGAAGGGCCAGUCUUGGCUCCAGUGAACGAAGGGGGUUAGAGCGCAGGAGAAGCCGCAGACAUUCAGCCCAGAGCAUCAAAAGCACUUUAUCAGCUCCUGCAAGUCCCUGCAGUCAGUCGAGCCCAAGCUUCAUGUUAGGCCAUGGACAGCGUAUUGAAGAUCUUAGUGAGAAAGAGGAGAAGGAGUAUGAAGAAGAAGAAGAGGAGCCACCAGUCACAGAGCCUAAUACUGAGGAUGAGGGGGAGGAAGAGGCCACUAGGCAGGUCAAACCCAGUGAGGUCCCAGACGUAAACCUGGUUGCAAAUGAAAAGCUGCAGAAUGAGAAUCAGAGUUCUGAUUCUUCAACCGUCUCAAGUGCAGUUUCUCAAGCCGAGAGGCCUCCCUCAUGCUCUAAAGCCAAGAGUCCGCCCAGCAGCUCAUCUUCUGUGCCUGAUUCAUCUGUCUCACUCCAUUAUUCUGUUUAUUCAUCACCAUCCUCUCCUGCACUUAACUCCUCCCAAAAUUCAUCAGCAUCUAUUACUCCAAAGGCAUCUCCAACUGUAGAGAAAUUGCCUUAUGUACCACAUAGCCCUUUUCACCUUUUCUCCUAUGACUUUGAAGAGUCUCCAGCAACUGUUACAGAAAAGGAAGCAGAGGUUAUCAGGGAAAACAGAAACAGUAGCUAUGGCAACAACUCUUAUUCCUCUACAACACCUUAUUCUGGACUAAGUGCACCUACAACACCCAUUUCUCGUUAUGGGACAACUCUCUCACCACCUCAGGAGACCAAAUCUGAAAGGCCAGCAUUGGGUGGUCUCCUUACAUCAUCUUAUCGGCAACACCAAGAGUCCUUGGCAGCGGAAAGAGAGAGGCGACGUCAGGAGAGAGAAGAGAGGUUGCAAAGGAUAGAGCGGGAAGAGAGAAACAAAUUCAACCGUGAUUAUUUAGACAAAAGAGAGGAACUAAGGCAAGCAAGAGAAGAGAGAUACAAAUACUUGGAGAAGUUGGCAGCUGAGGAGUAUGAGAAGGAGCUGAAAAGUCGGAGUAUAUGCCGAGGCAGAAGUGAGCUGUCCUUGAACUUGAGCUCUCCUUCUGCCCCAUCCUCUCCCAUUCCCAAGUGCAUCAGCCCAGCAUCCAUAGAGUCACAGGAGGAGCUGAAGACCCCUUCAACACCCCGUGGGACACCUCAGCCCCCUGAAGUGAGUGCCAGUGAACCUGAACCCGAGCCUGAGCCAGAGACAGAACCAGAACAGGAAACUGAGGCAGAGGCCGAGCAGGGAACGGAGACACCACAGGAAGUAGAGGCUUCGGAGGUGGGACCAGAAAGUGAGGUGGAGCAAGGUCCUGAGCGAGAGCCAGAAGAAAGUGCAAUACUCAGUGAAAAAGAGAGGCAGAAUGAGGAAGUGAAUGAAAAAGACAACUGUUCUGCAUCCAGCAUAUCCUCAGCAAGCAGCACUUUAGAGAGGGAAGAAAGAGAGGACAAGUUAACCAGUGACAAUGAAACUGGUACGUGGUCAAAGACUAUUCAAGAUGCUGGUGUGAAUGAGCAGUGCAGCAACAUUCUCAACAACAAACGGUUUAUGCUGGAUAUGUUGUAUGCCCAUAACAAGAAGCCCAAGGAUGAAGAGGAGAAAGAGGUGGAGGAGAAGGAGGAAGAAAAGAAGGAGACGGAGGAAAGUGAUGAGUCAAUCACCAGCCUAGCCAGUAGGAUCUCUAUCCUGCAGGCCAGCAAGCAGGCCAAAGAUGAAAGUGUCAAAAAGAUGGAGAUUGGAAAUCUGGACAACCAAGGCAGUGUGAAAGCCUUUGCAGAAAAAUUCAACAAUGUUGAGUUGGCCAAGGGGACAGUAUUGCCUGAGGGUGAGCUCGAUGAAAAGGUCCCUGAGAAAACACCAGCAGAGCCCAAGAAGGAAUCUGAUUACAUUUGGGAUCAGCUCAUGGCUAAUCCUAGAGAACUUAAAAUCAAAGACAUGGAUUUUACAGACUUGGGGGAUGAGGAUGAUGUAGAUGUGUUGGACGUUGAUAUGGGUCCUGGGGACUCCCUAAUUCCCCCUCCCCCACCUCCACCUUCCUUUUUGGGUUUGCCUCCUCCACCACCUCCCCUUCUGUUUGGAUGUCCACCUCCACCCUCUGGUAAUUUAUUGGCUCCUCCUCCACUGUUCAGCACUCCUCAGGGUUUAGGGUCACCCCAGGUUUCUAGGGGUCAGCCAGCAUUCAUGAAGAAGAAGAAAACCAUCCGUCUGUUUUGGAACGAGGUACGGCCAUUUGAGUGGCAGUGUAAAAAUAACAAACGCUGUAAAGAAUUCCUGUGGUCGAAACUGGAACCCAUUAAGGUGGACACUUCCAAACUGGAGCACCUCUUUGAAUCUAAAUCCAAGGAACUGCCGGUCACAAAGAAAACUGCUGCAGAUGGAAAGAGACAAGAGAUCAUUGUGUUGGACUCAAAACGAAGCAAUGCUAUUAAUAUUGGAUUGACAGUGUUACCCCCGCCAAGAACCAUCAAGACUGCUAUUUUGAACUUUGAUGAAUAUGCCUUAAACAAGGAGGGAAUAGAGAAAAUUUUAACUAUGAUUCCUACGGAGGAAGAAAAACAGAAGAUCCAGGAGGCCCAGAUGGCAAACCCUGACAUCCCACUGGGGAGUGCAGAGCAGUUCCUUCUCACUCUUUCCUCCAUCAGUGAGCUCUCCGCUAGACUCCAGCUUUGGGCUUUCAAAAUGGAUUAUGAGCUAGUGGAAAAGGAAGUUGCAGAACCACUUUUAGACCUGAAGGAAGGAAUGGACCAGCUGGAGCAUAAUAAAACCUUGGGAUUUAUCCUUUCUACUUUACUAGCCAUUGGGAACUUUCUAAAUGGAACCAAUGCCAAAGCUUUUGAGUUAAGCUACCUCGAGAAGGUUCCGGAAGUCAAGGACACAGUGCAUAAGCAGUCUCUCCUCCACCAUGUCUGCACUAUGGUGGUGGAAAAAUUCCCAGACAGCACAGAUCUUUAUUCAGAAAUUGGGGCCAUCACUAGGUCAGCCAAGGUUGACUUUGAGCAACUUCAGGACAAUUUAUGUCAGAUGGAGAAAAGGUGCAAAGCAUCAUGGGAUCACCUUAAGGCUAUAGCAAAGCAUGAAAUGAAACCAACGCUGAAGCAAAAAAUGUCUGAGUUCCUUAAAGACUGUGCAGAAAGAAUCAUAAUUCUGAAGAUUGUUCACAGAAGAAUAAUUAACAGGUUCCAUGCAUUUUUGUUAUUUAUGGGUCAUCCUCCUUAUGCAAUCCGUGAAGUCAACAUCAAUAAGUUCUGCAAAAUUAUUAGUGAAUUUGCUUUAGAGUAUCGCACCACCAGGGAACGAGUUUUGCAGCAGAAGCAGAAACGCGCCAACCACAGGGAAAGAAACAAGACCAGGGGGAAAAUGAUCACAGAUACGGAUGAAGAGGAAGAUGUAGAGUCUGGAAAGUUCUCCAGCAACUCUACACCAUCUCAGAGCCAGCCACAGGGUCUGCAGUAUGCUGAAGAUGCAGCAGAGCACGAGAACAUGAAGGCUGUGCUGAAGACCUCCUCCGUCAGUGGGGAAACCACCACUGCACUAGGUGUUCGCACUCGAAGCAGAGCCAGCAGAGGCCGUAUCGGUUCAUGGAAUGCUGCUGGUGAUGAUUCACCUAAUGCUACAGAUGAUGCAGCUGAUGAGAUCAUGGAUCGCAUUGUAAAGUCAGCCACCCAAGUGCCAAGUCAGCGAGCGGUGCCUAGAGAGAGGAAGCGGUCACGUGCAAACAGGAAGUCAUUAAGAAGAACACUAAAGAGUGGACUGACACCAGAAGAAGCCAAAGCACUGGGCCUCAUCAGCACCUCUGAGAUGCAGGUGUGAAAUCCUUAGAGGUGGCUACAAGCAAAACCAUCAUCGGUGAUACACGGGCUGACAACCAUUCAGUGUGGCAUUGUUCUACCAGCCUCAUCUGUUCCUCCUGACAUCCCGUCCUCUAUUAGUUUAAUUUUGAUAAGAUAUAUAACAGAAAAAACAAAAAGGGCUAAAGAAGGGUGUGUCACAGCUCAGCACUAAAACC